CUGUGGCGGCGGCGGCGGCGGCGGUAGCGGGGGGCGGGGGGAGGUGACGGGAGGGAGGGAGGGAGGCGGCGGCGGAAAAUGGCGGCGGCCGCGGCGGCGGCGCUGCGGGCCUGGUUCUGGAACGAGCGGUUCUGGCUGCCCCACAACGUGACGUGGGCGGACCUGGCCGGGGAAGCGGGCCCUCCGGGCAGCGGGCUGCAGUACCCGCGGGCCGGCCACGUCCUGUCCGCCUUCCCGUUGGCGCUCGGUAUCUUCGCCGUGCGGUUGCUCUUCGAGAGAUUUAUUGCCAAGCCCUGUGCCAUAAACCUUGGCAUUCAAGACAGUGGACCUCACAGAGCCCAGCCUAAUGCAAUUUUAGAGAAAGUGUUUACAUCCAUCACUAAGUCUCCAGAUGGAAAAAGGUUAGAAGGCUUGUCAAAGCAGCUAGACUGGGAUGUUCGAAAGAUCCAGCGCUGGUUUCGUCAUCGGAGGAACCAGGACAAACCCACCACCCUCACUAAAUUUUGUGAGAGCAUGUGGAGAUUUACAUUUUAUUUAAGUAUAUUUUUUUAUGGAAUCAGGUUUCUCUGGACGGCACCCUGGUUUUGGGACACACGACAGUGCUGGUACAACUAUCCUUUUCAGCCUCUAACAUCCAGGCUUUAUUAUUACUAUAUCUUGGAGCUGGCCUUCUAUUGGUCUCUCAUGUUUUCUCAGUUUACAGACAUUAAACGGAAGGACUUCCUGAUCAUGUUCGUCCAUCACUUGGCUACAAUUGGACUCAUUACGUUCUCUUACAUGAAUAAUAUGGUGCGGGUUGGAACGCUGGUGCUGUGUCUCCAUGAUGCAUCCGAUUUCCUCUUAGAGGCUGCAAAGCUAGCCAAUUAUGCCAAGUACCAGCGUCUGUGUGAUGCCUUCUUCAUGCUCUUUGGUGUCGUAUUCAUUGUUACACGGUUGGGCAUUUAUCCUUUUUGGAUUUUGAACACAACCCUCUUUGAAAGCUGGGAGUUGAUUGGUCCCUAUCCUUCAUGGUGGCUCUUCAAUGGCCUUUUGGUAACCUUGCAGAUCUUGCAUAUCAUCUGGUCCUAUCUCAUCAUUCGCACCGCCUACAAGGCCCUCAUGCGGGGAAAGGUGUCAAAAGACGACCGCAGUGAUGUAGAGAGCAGCUCUGAAGAGGAGGAUGUGACUUCCAACAGCACAAAAGGAGUUUUCAGCACUUCGAGCAAUGGCUCCAACCGCGUUAAUGGCCAUGUGGCUAGUGGCCAGUGGACAGAAGAGGAGUAAGGCUGUGGGUCAGCCUUGAGCAAACACGAACUUGUCUUUAAAUAUCUAGAUGUGUUGAGCUCCACAUUCCCAUGUGAUCUUUAAUCAAGAUACCCCUUCCCCAGAAAACCUCCAGCAAAUCUGAAAUGGGCACAAUGCAGACCAGUCAAAGGCUUUGCACGACAGAAGGGAGAAAGCCGAUUACUAGGGCGAAACCAAAGCCACAGAUUUCAUUUUAAGCCAUGUUGUACCCAAUCUUAGCCCCAUUGAUAUUUGCAGAGGUGUGUUUGUAUGUGACAAACUGGUUUUUACUAGGAUCAACUCAAGGUGGAAACGAGUUCGGAUGAGGCUGGCUGCCGCCCGCAGGAGGGUCCGGGUGCCAUCUCGGUGACUGUUCCAGCGCAGGUUCCGCGCGGCUCCUCGAUGCACUCCAGAAGCUGCUCAGAGCACGGAGAGAGGGGUGGGUUUCUGGUCCACCUCCAAGCUACCCGGGCUGUAGCAGAGACUUUCCUCAGCCCUACUGCGAGCGCUCUGGACCACAGCCAGGCUUUGAAUUGGAUUGUGCUACAACAAAACCGCUGUUCUGACUCGGUGGUGGGGUGCUGUAGGCUGAGGAGGAGGUUCUCGCUUGUUAUCUCUGCUGUCACGAGGGACCAGGCCAGCGUUUGCUGCCUCUUUUGGUGCUGCAAGCCCCUCUGAAGUCUUACCUACAGCCUUCCAAAAAGGGGGAGGGGGUUUGCUUAUUGCCCCUAAGUCAACUCUCACAGUACAUGCCUUAAUUUUUUUAUUUUUUUUUUCUGUUGCAAGUCAUGGUUUUGAAGACUUUUCUAGAUGUACUGGCUCGAGUUGGCUAAGCUAGGACCUGAGGGUGGACCAGGGCUGGGGGGCUGCUCGUAGUUUUCCCCAAAAUGUUUCAGUCCUGCUCGUCUGUACUUCUAGCCAGAAGUGAAUGUUGCUGCUCUGAUUUUUGCAAUUCUGUGGAGGAAAUCACUGGGCCGGCAAGGCGGCCACGCCGCGGGCUUCGCUUCUUAUUUUUUACUUGAUGGUACUUGGGGGCAACGGGCAGCCCUGCGCGCCGAGCAGGAGCAGAAUUGGGGAAACUCCUUGAGUUGUUACCGUUUUAUACCAUUGUUUACUCUUUAUCUCCGA